CGUGAGCAACUGCAGCAGGCACAUCAGCCGAAAGAGUUGUUCUAUCAGAAGUCAGAAUUAAGACUUAAAUACUUCUUUUGAUUUCUUAAUUUUGCAAAGGAAGUCUUUGUAAAGAUGCCAGAAAGAGAUACGGAGAUAUUUUCAAAUCCGCUGCCUCCACCUAACAUGGGGCAGUUGCAGGAAGAGGAGGAAGACGCUCAUCCAUUGACCAACGAAGACUUUCGUAAGCUGAUGAUGACUCCCAGGGUACCAGGCAUGGGCUCCUCUUCCUCCUCACAGUCCUCGGCUGCUAUGGCAGAUAAGAUGCCUAAACUCCCAAAAAGCAUAGAAGAAGAAAGUGAUCCCGCAGUGAGGAGAAAGAAGAAAAAGCUGUACUAUGCCAAGCUGAAGAAGAUGGAAGAAGAAAGACAGAAAGAGUUGGCCAGCAAGUACAGAGACAGGGCAGCUGAGAGAAGAGACGGAAAAUCAGAGUACCAGGAGCCAGAAAUGAUCAGCACCACCGCUGACUACAGGGCAGUGGCACCUGAUGCUAAGGCAGGAGAAAGCUAUGCAGAGAGAAGAAAGCAGGCCAUCCAGGAGUCCAAAUACCUUGGAGGAGAUAUGGAACACACACAUUUGGUGAAAGGGCUGGAUUAUGCUCUUCUGGACAAGGUGCGAGCAGAGAUUUCCAGCAAAGAACAAGAAGAUGAAGCAGUGCUGGACGACAUGUUGGUGCAGGCAAAGGAAGAGACAUCUGAAGAGGAAAAAGUGGAGCUGAAGACACCAAUAGCCAGAAAUAUUUUCCGAGUCCUGUUCAAGCAGAAAGCCCCAGAGAGGAAUGAAUUGUUUGGUCCCAAGCGUAUGGCAUAUGUUGUAGACGUUGAGGACGAGUAUGCAGAGACAGACAUCCCCACCACCCUCAUCAGGAGCAAAGCUGACUGCCCCAAUGUAGAGUCCACCACUACUCUGACCACCAAUGACAUUGUCAUCAACAAACUAACUCAGAUUCUGUCCUAUUUGAGGCAAGGAAGGAGGGACAAGAAAAAGAAACUGAAAGAAAAAGGAAAAAUUAAGGAGGAGAAGGUAAAGGAGAAGCUGCAAGGUGCUGAUGAUAAUAUCUAUGGAGACAUUGGUGAUUACAAUCCAGCUUAUACCUCAGCAAAGGAAAAGAAAGAACGUGAUAGACGGGACAGAGACAGGGACAGGGAUAGAGACCGGGAUAGAGAUCGGGAUAGAGAUAGAGACAGAGAACGCAGAGACAGAGAUCACGACCGUGACCGCGAGCGUGGCAGAGACCGCGGAGACCGAGAUAGAGGACAUGACAGAGACAGAGGAAGGGACAGAGACAAGAAGAGAAAUUACUUUGAGAAACCACUUGAAGAAGAAGAGGAAAGAGAAAAGGGUCCAGAAUCAGCAAAAGAACUGGUGAAAUCAAUAAAUGAGAAAUUCUCGAAGGGUUGGGCUCCUGCAGACCUGGAGCGUGAGGCUGGACUGGGGAGAACUGCAGGACUGGGUCCAGAUACAAAACCGGUGAAACAAGGAGGAGAGUUGCUGAAAAAACUGAAAAGGAAGACAGAAAUUGAUAGUUAUGCUGAAUGUUAUCCAGGUAUGGAGGAAGCAGACGAUGCCAUUGCUGACUCUGAUGAUGAAGUAGACUACACCAAGAUGGACAUGGGUAACAAGAAGGGGCCAGUGGGACGCUGGGACUUUGACACACAGGAGGAGUACAGUGACUACAUGGCUAACAAGGAGGCUCUUCCAAAGGCUGCUUUCCAAUAUGGAGUCAAAAUGGCAGACGGCAGGAAGACAAGACGCGCCGGGCCCAAGGAUGAGAAAGCAGAAUUAGAUCGUGAAUGGCAGAAAAUUCAAAAUAUUAUCCAGAAGAGAAAGAAAAUGGGUGAAGAGGGAGAUUCUAGAAGUAAAAGAGGGAAAUAUUGAAUAGAAAGAGGACUUGGUUGAAAGUAAAAUAUUACAAAUAAAACUUACUGAGAAGUUUCGUGUCAAGCCUGUAUAAAAUAGGCUUGCCAUUUUUGUAAAGGAUAUUUUUUUCAGAUCUUUGUAUGUAUAUCAACCACCAGUUGUUCUCAAAUUAGAAGGUGAUCUUGGAUAAAGGGCGUUGUUGUAAAUACAAUACAAUACAAUGUUUAACUAAGCGAUCAUACUCUUUCUUUAAAAAGUUUAAAAAAAGAAAUGAAACUCUUCUACCUCUUUUCUUGAUGAAGGACUUUCACCUAGAGUGUACAUACAGCAUACUUAACGAAUCAUUGGAAGAGUCCUUUUAUAUUUUUGUGUUUAGAUUUUUCAUGUCCAUUAUCCCGAAAUGAUAUCAUAACGGUGAUUUUAGAGGUUGAUCAUCGAGAAUAUGUAUACAAUUCGACAAUAAAUGUAACAUUCAAUAUGAA